CUUAGCACACUAUUUAAAAAACACAAACGUUACGACUAUUCUAUUUGAUAGAUUGGCUAUUAAGUCUUGAUUGAUAAAUAAACACAAGACAUAUAUACAUACAUAGAGAAAGAGGGAGUGUGUACAAGACAUGCUCACUUCUCCUCUCCUUCCUAGCCACUUCCUUGUAUCAAUCUUCUCUCUUCAAUCUUAUACCUCCUCAAUUCAAUUCCCUCCAUAAACUUCAAAGACAUCAAGACAAUACCUUACUUUGAUCCUUUUCUUCUUAGCUCAAGUUCAUCGAUCAUCGUGUACCGCGAUCUUAAGCCAAAUGGGUUUGAGUUCAAAACAAGUUUCAAGUGAUAGGCAUGGUUGGAACCAAGCUUUGUUACAAAGUAACACCUUAGAGCUACCAAAAUCUCCUUCAUUGAAAAGACAAGCAUCUCAAAUACAACAAGAGCAACAACAACAACAAACACAAGUUGAGGCAUUAAAAUGCCCUAGAUGUGAUUCUACAAACACAAAAUUUUGCUACUACAACAACUACAACAAAUCACAACCUAGGCAUUUUUGCAAAGCUUGUAAGAGGCAUUGGACUAAAGGUGGCACCCUUAGGAAUGUACCGGUGGGCGGUGGCCGGAAAAAUAAGAGGCUAAAGACAUCAAAUUCCAGUACCAAAACCGCCUCGAAAAACCAUAACACCACCAUGACAACAACAAACAACACCACCACAAAAAACACCAAUGACAACAUUAAAUUGUUGUUACAAAACCAACAACACCAAUCCAAAUUCAGUCUCCCAUUAGGAGCAUCGCCAUUAGUUGGUUUUGAGCAGAAAAACUUCUCUGAUGCAUUUUAUCAAACACUUCUUAGACAACCACCAUGUUCACUACCAGAACCCUCCAUAACCUUCAAUAAGGGUUUAAAUGAUGGAGUUUUUCUUGGUUCAUCUCUUUCUGUACCUCAGAACAGUAAUGAUCAAGAUCAUUUACAGUUUCCAUACUCAAAUUUGGGUAGUUUUGAGAGUAACUCAUGUUCAAUUUCUUCCUCAAAUUUGUAUAAUUAUACAGGGGAUCAAGCAAAUGGAUUGGAAGAAACAGUAAUCAAUAGUUUGAAUAAUACAAGUAGCAGUUCUAUAAGUGAUCAUCAUCAACCAUGGACUACAUCAAAUUGUGGGAUUGAUAUGUCUAAUAAUUGGGGUUGGGAUGAUUUUGAUAAAUUUGUGUCUGUUGAAGCUGAUCUUUCAAUGCCAUGGGAUGAAACAGAUAUCAAGCUACCAGAACCUUGACACCAAUCAAGUAAAAAUUAUAUAUAUACUUUUUUAUUCUAAGGUAAGAUCGGAAAAUCCCUCCAAACAAAUAUGCAGCGGUUAUAAGAGGUGAAAAGAAAAGUCUUCAACAACUAUCAACAUUCUCUAAGUUAAAAUUAUUUAAGAAGUUUAUAAAUUAUUAUUAUUUUUUUUAUAGAAUGAUCUUACCAUAUUUAAGGUAGAUUAGUAUGUGUUCAUAUGGAUUUGGGGUUUUUUGUAUUUAAUUUAUUUGGGGUAAAUUUUAUUAUGACUUUGGGUUUAUCUUUGAUAAAUUUAACAAUGGUUUGCUCAUUUAACUGAUGUAAUGUAAUAGAGAUAAAUGACUGAAAUCUACCCUCUUUUUUAUUGGGUUGUUUUAUUAUUUGUGGUUUGAAAUUAUGGUAAAUUUUAUGAUAAUUUCAUUUUCCAAUACAAAAA